GGGAGAUAUGUGAUCCAAACUACCUUAGAUUCAAUGAAAAUGAACAUUUUCCCCCAGUAUUGGAAUGUUUUUAUUGUGUAUUCUGUUUUCCUACUCCCAGCAUUUUGUCACUCCCAACGAAACUUCUCUUCAAAAGCAACUUAUUACAGGACAAAUGACGAAAUGGGAAACCCAAGUGGAGCAUGUGGGUAUGGAGAAUAUGGAAGAACCAGCAACAACGGCGAGGUUUGUGCAGUCUCUAGUCGGCUUUUCAAGAAUGGCGCUGGUUGCGGUGCUUGCUAUCAGGUAAGGUGCAAAAACAAUGGACUGUGCAGUCGAGAUGGAGAGAAUGUAAUGGCAACUGAUUAUACAGAAGGGCGGAACGACAUAGACUUCAUCCUCAACCACCGCACCUAUGAGAGGCUAGCCAAGCAGCCGAGGAUGGCCGACAUCUUAACAGAGAAAGGUGUUUUAGACGUCGAAUAUCGUCGAGUUCCUUGCACAACAGAAGGCAAUCUCACAGUGAAGGUCCACGAGAAUAGCCAAUACCCUCACUACCUGUCUCUUGUCCCUACCAAUCAAGGUGGUGCUAGUGACAUAUUUGCUGUUGAGGUCUCUGAGGAAGAGACAGAUGAGUGGGUAUCAAUGAGGAGAGUGUAUGGUGCAGUAUGGGACUUGCCGAACCCACCGAGCGGAGAACUAAAGGUGAGAUUUCUAGUAAACAAAGGGACGGAUGCGAAAUGGUUCGAGUCGGAUACGACCGUGAUUCCGGUGGAAUGGAAAGCUGGGAUUACCAUUGACACCAGCAUUCGAGUUUACUAACUAUGUACGUAGUAAUUUAUUGAUGCAUGCAUGGACAUGAAUCAAUGCAUGUCUGUUCUACAAUCACUUAUUAAUUACCUAUGAUCGAUACACUUGAGUCGAUAGCUUUAACUAUUAACAUAUCAUGUUACUCCGUAUGAUUUAUUUAAUCUACCUGCAUCAGUUAUUUCGCAUUGGUUGUAAUCAGGGGCGUCUUAAUUAUAGGGGCCAGGACAGAAGUUUGGGGUGGACUGAUAUAAAUAACGUAUGUUAAAUGAAAGUCAUCUUUUGUAUGAGAUAAUCAACCAUGUAAUGUAAUGAGCAUUACAUGUUGAUUUGAUUACCAUGUUUGGUAUGUCAUUUUAUUUUAAAUCGGG